AUGGGGGGGGAGAUGGGGAGAAAUCAGAUGCUUCAGAACAUUUUUGGGGAGCACUUUGACGAAGACGAGGAAGAAGAGGAGGUCGACUCCGAGCACGAGGCGGCGGCUCAGCGCGCUAACUACCCAUCGGUAACUGGUCUAUCGCAAGUUAUGGAAUGGUUUUCCUAUUGGUACCUGCGACGUUUUUUUGGUGAUUAUCUGUCGCAUUAUUCCUCACGACGGAGAUACAAGGUGAAAGACAUUGUGUCUGUGAUAGAUUUGAUUGGGCACGGGAAGGUUUAGUUGUGAAAGUCUCCCUCGUUCGCCUCUUAUCAUAGAUGUAAAUCUUUAACCUCUUCCCUUUCCUCGACAAAAUCACGAAGAUAAUUGGUAGAUAGUAUUUUAGGUCUAAAAGCUACAGACAACGAUACGAAUCUUCGUCUGUGUGUAUAUAUAUAUAUCGUUUCAUUAUCCCUCUUUCUGCCUGCCAUGCCUAUCGCAACUCCAGGAUUUUCGCACGCGUGUGAAUUGCCUCCCUGUUGGAAGGCUGCCCUAGUUUGGUAUGUGUUAGUUUAGAAUCCCCUGAUGUCACUGCUAUGCGUUGUUAAAGUACUCUUAAUAGUGACUCUGUAGGCCUCAUAUAGUUUUGCCUUAAGGGCUCUAGGAGACAACUUUUUCUCAAUUGCGAUCCGCCUAUUUAUUCCUUCUAUUGAUGAAUGUUAACUUAUUCAAUGGUUCCAAUCUAAAGGCAUUACCACAGGAAAAAGCUAUUUCCUAGAAUUCCCGUCGGAAGUUGGGCCUUAUUUUGGAAGGGUUUGAGAAAAAAUCGUUAAUGUGUGAUGAAUCUUCAUUUAUUAGCAUAAAACGUCAAUUAGAAAUUUUGCGAAGGAAACGUUCUGUAUGAAAACGAAAAUUUUCAUAGGCAGGGUGGGUAACUGAGAAAGUCCUCAGGUUAAAACUUAAAAAAUUAGGAUGAUGAACUUUUCAGCAUUAAAACAUUGAGCCAACAUCAAUUUGCACCUAAAUAACACUGUUCACAAACACCUCUUAAGCCCAUUUAUAAUCAUAGUUUUCUUUGUUUUCCUUAUGCUUCUUUGCCUCCUGAUCACAUCUUGUGUUGCCAUUCUCCUCCAGAGGUUCAAAGCAAGUUGCUUCUGCUGGGUGCUGAUAGCAAGAGUUGGUUAGACAUUUAUCAGUUACUCUGAAGUUGAGGGAGGUAGUCAUAUCUUAUAUCUAUGCAGAGAAUCUCGUGGAGUAUUAGGGUAUCGUAUGGGAAGGAACAGAUAAGUGUGGUGAAGGAAUUUGUGUGAAGAUAUAAAGUCGACAUUGAAUGCUUACAGGAAACUCAAAUCGCUGAGGGAUUGUGUUUAUUGUGGAGUUUGAGAGUGAUAUGUUAAUGAAAAGUGUUGCAUUACCAACUGAAAGCUUGUCCAAAGGGGUUAUGCUCCUUUUGAACUAUGACUUUAAGAACUUGUUCGUUGACUUGAACGACAUUUCUCUGGUAUCUAUGGACCCUUUUCUAGAGCCAAGGUAAGAAGGUUUUGUGGGAGGAAUUAUUGAAGGAACAAUGCUGAUCGGGUCACUUUUAAUUGGUUCUUGGGGGUUCACUUAGUGUAGAGGCUGCAUUUGCCUAGAGAUCAGGAGAUGUAAUGUAUGUCAGUGAAAAGGGUAACUUCUCUAACUUCGUCACUGAAGCAGCUUUCUUUUGCGUUCGUACCUAAUUCUACUUUUACUUGGUCUAGUUUCAGAGAUAAUCCUCAUUCCCUGGCUGCAUAGAUUUCUAGUUUCCGUUGAUUGCCUUAUGAGAGUGGGUAUUCUCUCACAAACGGAUCUAGUGGAAAGAAGACGGUGGUCAUGAUCUUUUGCUGGGAGGGUUUAGUUCUUAUUUACAGGUAUUAGCAGAGUUGAUAAUGGAUUGAAUGUGAAGCCCAUGAACGGGAGAGGUGUGGUGGGAAUUUAUCGACAGUGAAACAAUUUCUUUAAGAGGAAAAUAGAACAUAGUGCACUUCUCUCCACCUGCCAAUGUCAAAGACUAUUAGAUAUUUACCUGCCAAGCUGGAGUGCACUUCUCUCCACCUUGCUUUAGUCCACUUUCUCACUCUAUCAUAAAUUCAUUAUAUCUUCAACAGAAAAAUCCUUUAUUUCAUUUGGUUUCGCGAACUGUUUCGACAGAAACAUGGGUUAAUGAUGCGCCUUUACAUCUAAGCAGGGUUCAUUGUAUUUGUUUUCAUGUUUGGUACAUCUUUGAUUUUCUUUCUACUUCCAGAAAAUUUCCCAAAUAAUCACAAAGGUCGUCAUCAACAUGAUGGUUUUGUGAAUUACUUUGCAUCUGCUGAGGGUCUGAAGAUCAUCACUGUUGGUUUUUUCUGAAUGGAGUCUUGUUUUAUUUUAUUUGUAUUCAGGACGGUGAAAACGAGCCCGAGAAUGAGGGUGAGGGUGAGGUGGAUGUGGAGGGAGAGAGGGGAGGGGAGGGUGAUGUGGAAAGUGAAGCAGAAUUACAUGAGACAUAUCCUGAACAGGGAGAGAGCGAGGGGGAAAGGGUUCAGAGUUCCCCGGAGAGGGAAGUCAGCGAUCAAAGGUUGGAAAGCGAAGGAAAAGAUGAAGAGAGUGAAGACCAUGGUUAUGGCCAAAGGGUAAUGACAGGCAGGAGGCGAGAAGUAGUUGCAAGUGAUUCAGAGAGAUCCGCAGACAACCAUUACGCUGACAAUGAAGACGAAGAGGUUGAUCAAGCUAUUAAACCAAGGUAUAACUCAUCUCUCUAACGUACAUUCUUUCAUAUUCUCUAAAGAUUUAAAUAUUCUUCAUGAUUUUCUCAAAAAUAGUGAAACUUUAAUCUCAUUAGUUAGUUUUAGUUGCUCUAGGCUUGUAGGCUCUCAGUGAUAGAAAUGCAAGUUAUUUGCUUGGGAUAUAAAUGAACUUUUCUCCAAACGUUCCUGUGAAGAAGUUCAAUGCAUAUAUGUGCAUUUUAUUGAAUAAUGUGCGAUUUCCAUGGCAUAAAAUUGUUAUACAUCAGCUACUAUCCAUCUAUACUUAAAUGACAUUAACAUCGUUUAAAAUCACAUAGAUAUACACAAGGAAACUGCACCCUGCGAUUGACACGAAGUGUUAGGAAUGAAACUACGGCACAUAACUUCGUGUUUCAUUGUAUAUGCGAUAUAAUAUUGUUAUGAACCUUUUUUUGAUGAAGAAUGAAUAGAAACUACGGAUCACCCUACACCAGAAAAUGGAAACCCCAUGCUGGCUUCAACGGAAAAAAAAUUGUUAUAACUGCACAGAACCCAUUGCUUUAGUACGUGUAAUGGUAGAAAUAGAUUUAGUCAGGUAUGAAGCAAAGUGUUGAGGUCUGAUUGAAGCAACUAGUUUAGAUGAAUACGUCGUAUUACUCUGUGCGCAGUUUUCUUCUUAUGCUUGAUGAUAAACCCUUCCCGAGCUUUUCAAGUUAGUUUUUCCAUAUACCCUAUUGACCUGUUUGAACCGUAUGACUCGAUUCUUUCAAUUUAAGGAGUAAAUAAAAACUUUUAGAUAUCCUUUUUCCAGAUCGUAAAUUUAUGCAAAAUACAUUUUUUUAUAAAAGAGGAAAGAUCUAUGCUCUUUCUCUAGCUUCUUUUAUUCUGGCCGGGUACCUUUUGCUUUCAUUCGGUUGUAUUGCAUAAAAAUCUCCUGCAUGAAAUACUGUUUGGCAUAUAUGACGAAAUUGUUAAUGUCAAAUGCCUCUUUUUUCUGCGAAUUUACGAUUAUUCUGUGUAUCACCAGGGAAAGAGAUCGCGCAGUUCGUGAUAUUCUUGGGGAUUCAGAUGAAGAUGAAGCAGCUGACUAUGAAUCUCAACAUGAAGUCGAGCAAGAUUCGCAUGUGAGUACGAAUUGUGCGGCUUAGUUCUUUUAUUUUGUUCUCUUGUACUGGAACCAGUGAAGUAGAAAUAUUGGUAUCUUAUUUUGUUUCCGUGAGUGUAGUGCACUUUGAUGGUUCACCAACAGUAACAAAUAACAACGAAGUUUCAAAGCUAUGCAAAAUUAUGUCUGCCAUAAUCUGUCUGAUGAACAUGUGCUAGGAUGCCCGAAAUAUUCACCUCUUAACUUACUGUUUUCUUAUGUCAGAGGUCUCCUGAUGAAGGGGAGGAGAGUGACGAGAAGGAUCUGAGGCCAGAAGACAUGAUUCCUGAUGAGGAUGGUCACUAUGAAUCUGACGAUGAGAACCUCGAGCACAAAAUGAAGGAAAAACCCGUAGGCCCUCCACUGGAUAUAGAGAUUCCUCUGCAUCGACCACCUGGUCGGCCCGAGAAGGUGCGCGUUCCUCAAUUUAUUUGACUGUUAAAUUUCAUUCUAAGGCAACUAACCAGGGGACCUGUUUCAGUAGAAAGACUCUGAAUGUCUUCACCAUGUCAUUAUUUUUUUUCUCAUGUCCGGGACCUGUUUAUGUACCAUUUUUUUUGCGGGUGUCAUUAUUUUUCCUGUAAUAAAUUGCAUGCGUAUGAGUUUUUAUUAUUAUUUUUGAACUUUUUUCUGUGAUUCUUUAGGUCUGACUGAGUGACUAAUAUUUGGCCGUGAAAAAUGGAAAAUGAGACUAUGUUGUCUAACAAACAUGAGAAAUGCCUGAUCUAUGGCUAUCAAAACAAAAAACAUCUCAUAAUCUAAGCAAGUCCUUGUUUCCCAGUCAGGGUUCAGUAAUGAAGCACCUAAUAAUGCAUCUUCACCUCCGAUUCUUUAGGGCAUCAUUGUUGCAAAAAUUUGCUACUUUUUGCGUGGUUUCUUUUUUAGGAUUGUAAAUAUUUCGCAACUGACAUUGACCUCUUUGUAGGCGUUCAUUCUCUGAUUGGUAACAAUCUUGUGUCAAUGGUUGUUGUGCCCUGCAGUUAAACAUGAUCAAGGUCUCUAACAUUAUGGGCAUAGAGCCAAAGCCUUUUGAUCCUAAAACAUACGUGGAAGAGGAUGUUUUUGUGACGGAUGAGUCUGGGACUAAGAAGCGCAUACGGCUAGAGGAUAAUGUUGUGCGCUGGAGAAGUGUCCGAAAUCGUGAUGGUACAACCUCUGUAAGUUCACCUUCCCUGUGACACCUUUUUAAGUUGCUUUGAUUUUGUGAAAUUGCCACCUAGUUUCAAUUUUUUAAAAUGUCAUGAUAAUGACAGUCUCUGACCCUUACCUUUGGUUCUUGAAGUUUGGUCUCAUCCGGAAGAUCCUCUUGGCUAAUAGGGGCUUCCAUGAUUUUGGUGGGUGGGGGUAGGGGGCUCCCCUCUGUGUUUUGAGGGAUGGGUUGGUUGGUUAGUGCCCUGUAAAACUUUGGCCCAGUCUGAUUGUGAGCCAGGUUCCACAUCUUGGGUGGUUUUUUUUUUCUUCUGGCUUUGAUCAAACAUGCAUAAUAUGAAGCCUUACGAUAAGUAGUACAGCUGAAAUUACCGUACAAGUGUAUCACAAGUACACUGAAAGGUUGCUCUUCUAUUCGUGAUAUCACACUCAAAAAGUCUAACUCUGUGGUUCUAUUAUUUUUUUUUAAAAAAAAGGGGUAUACAAGUGUAUUCCAGUGUGUUCUGGAAUACCCUCUGCACCCAACUCUUUCACUUUAGCACAUCCGAAUAGAGGGCCAUGGCAUGCUAGAAGUCCUCAAAUGGAAAUUUCUUCACCAAAUUCUCACCUUCAGUGGAUAUGCUGAAACCUACUUUUCAGAACCUCGCUUUGCUUUAAGACGAUUUACUUGGUCAUUUGAUUUUUCUAUCUCACUUUAUGUUCUGAAACAGAAAAUGAAACAUAUUAUCAUAUUUUGCAGUAUGAAAGCAAUGCACGUUUUGUGAGAUGGUCAGAUGGAAGCUUACAAUUACUUAUUGGGAAUGAAGUCCUUGACAUAACUGUUCAGGGAUCGCAACAUGAUCACACUCAUCUCUUUCUUCGUCAUGGAAAGGUGAUCUUUUAUCUUGGGUAGUUUUUUCUGCUUUAUGUUCUGUUAAUAUUGAGGAUAGGUAGUUAACCUAGAGCAUCAUCCCGAUUUUCUUCUUGAAUGGGGUUUUUUGCGAGGUAAUAAUUAUUUUUCGUGUGUAUAUUAUAUUGUAGAUUCAUUUCGUUAUUCCUUCUUUUCUAGUUUGUGUUCUUCUUAAUUAUCUUUAACCGGGCAGGGGAUUCUGCAAUCACAAGGGAGGCUCCUACAAAAGAUGAGGUUUAUGCCAUCUUCAUUAUCAUCGAAGUCCCAUCGAUUGUUGACGGCUCUUGUUGACUCCCGGCAUAAAAAGGUCUACAAGGUCAAAAAUUGCAUCACGGACAUUGACCCAGAAAGAGAGAAAGAAGAAAGAGAAAAGGUAGUUCAAGAGCUGGUUCAUCUCUUAUUUACUUACAAAUAAUUCAUGCAGUGUUCCGCCUUCCCUGUUCCUAUUUUUGAGUGUAUAUCAUUAUUAUUUUGGUAUCAUUCCUUUAUCCUUUUGGGCGGUUUCAUCGUUAGGCAGGGACCAUCAUCCAUGCUAUUUAAGUAAAUCACACCCUUUUCUCAUUUUGUUAAUCCUUUUCCUUAUAUUGAAGACGGUUCUCUGUUUAGAAUGAAUUCUGGAACCCUCCGCUUUUCAUAUCUCAGGACAAAUGCUAGGAGAUUAUUGUAUAUUUCUGGCAGCUCUGUCUAUCGUCUGCGUCCUGUGUCCAUCGUGUACACCGUUGCUAAGUAAUCCCUGCAAAAUGAGUUUCCGUUGGUUCAUGUCACACAUUUUGAUUCCUAAAUCUCUGCAUUACUCGUAGAACGGUACACUUCACACCCCCAUUCACAUGAGAUGAUUCUUGACGACGACCCGCCCUGUGGUACCUGCAAUCAUUGGGAUAUUGAUCACUAGGAUUCCUGAGGAGCAGCAAACUCACCAAGAGCUGAGACGUAACAUGCUCAUAAUUUUUGGGUCUUUGUGUGGCAAAUCAGUGCAAAAUAUGUAGUUCAGUGAUUUCCUUUUCAAUGAUUUAAAAUGAUGUUAAUCGAAGAGAUUGAGAUGUGAAAUCCGUUUUUGGGUGUGCUCAAACUCUUUUCCUUCGGUUGGGUUUUAGGACCGGAAUCUGUGUGGAUCCUUGGUGCCUUCCCCUUAGGAGGGCCCCUUCAGCUGACGCAAACACAUUUCCAUUAACGAGACACAAACAUUCUCUUCACCGUGUAUCAAGUUCUGGAUUUUUCGCGUGUUCUGUGUGUAAUCAUGUGAAUCGAAGUUAUCAGUUGCAGACUCCUGUUCUUCAGAUGAAGGUGCUCGUUUGCCCUUUUAUUUUUUGGAAUUAUCGUGGACGUUGAUGAAGUUGUUCUUUCGUUUGUCAGGCGGAAAGCCAGACAAUCAGAGCCAAUGAGCUUUUCCAUCGAAGACGAGAAAAGGUCAACCGUAAGUACGCUCCGACCAUUGAGAGGGGACGGCAACUUUCUCCAGGGUUCUUGGAGGAUGCGCUGGAAGAGGUCACGUUGACUCCACAUGAUCCUCACCGCUUGUUUCAUGAGAUCUCCCAGAAGAAUUAUCAUCCCUGAGUAGUCACAUAUCCCAUCACCAUCGUCUGACGUGUGUUCAUCUUCCUCAGGAUGACGAGCGCGAGGAGUAUGCCACAUCCAGACAGGCUGCAGUUCGUCAUCGUUUUGAGGAAGACAUGGAAAUUGAAGCGCAGGCUGAACGGCGCAUAAUGAGUGCGAAGAGGGUGAGCUCCUCUUUCUCCCUCUCGGAGCUUCUUCUCCCUUUCCAAGGCUAUUUACUGGUAAUCCAUCCUUGUGGUUGACCUGCUUCUCCCCGACCAGAACCUCGUGGCCAGAGACGGCUCUCGCAAGCCGCCAUCGGCUGCUGUGCGUUCGUCGAGGCGUGUAGCGGAGUAUUCCGAGAGCGAGAGGGAGGAAUCCGAAUACGAAAGCGACGGAGACGAAGGUGAGAGGUCGCCGGCGUACAAGAGGGCUGAGGAAUCAGACCGCGAGGAAGAGUCCGACGAGGAGCCGGAGGCCGAGGAAGCCGCCGGAGCGAGCGCGCCGUCGGAGGAAGACGAAGAAGAGGUUCGCCACCUCCUCCAUUACAUCGAGAAAUGUUGUCCAUUGAAUUGGAAUCUGGCUGGACCAGAUCGCUGAGCUUCUCCUCGUUGCAGGAGCCGAGGAGGAGAGUCCGGGAAGGAGGGUCCAAACGGAAGGGAUUCGAGUCGGACGGCGAGUCUCCGGCGAGGAAAGCUGCGACCCACCGCCGGAAAGCCUUUGUCUACGAUAGCGACGAGGACUAG